AUGGGUGUACCUACUCUAUCUGGAGGGUUAGCCAGAUGGCAGAUGCUCUUGUCUGAAUUUGACAUCGAGGUGGCAUGGAAUCUUUGGAAUCACUAUAUCCAUUUCUGGAAUAUUUCCACAACACUUCCUGUGGAUCUAACGAUUCUUUUAUCAGCUUGGAAUACCCUUAUUCCUAAAUCAUGCAUCUGGUCUUUCAUUCCAGGAGUUACUGUUUGGUUAAUAUGGAAAUUCAGGAAUUCAGUUGUCUUUGAGAAUGGUUUUGCAGAUAUCCCUUCUCUCUUUUUCCUUUCGAGAUUCUACCUUGCCUCGUGGUUUUCGGCUAAGUUCCCUCAGUCUAUGAUUUUUAUUGAUUCCUUGAUUGGCGAUCCAUCUUUAGUAGAUUUUUGCACUGUUAUACGGAAGAUAUCUCCAUCCUUAGUUGUAUUUCAGUCCCGGUCCCCACCUUCUGCUAGUUUCUUAAAGUUGAAUAUGGAUGGAGCUGUGAAUAGGGAUUGGUGUAAGGCUGGCAUUGGGGGUUUAGUGAUGGACACUAGAGGCCAAAUAAAUGGAUCCUUUUCGGAACCCAUCGGACUAGGUCCCCCGAUUUGGCUGAACUGUAGGAUGUCAGAGUUUGUCUCCUUCUUUACUCUAUGUCUAACUGGUGUGUGA